AUGAUCACUCCGAUAGGAAAAAUAACUACGGAGGAAAGAAACCCAAUACACGGUAGUAGUAGUAGUAGUAGUAGUAGUAGUAGUAGUAGUAGUAGUAGUAGUAGUAGUAGUAGUAGUAGUAGUAGUAGUAGUAGUAGUAGUAGUAGUAGUAGUAGUAGUAGUAAUAAUAAUAAUAAUAAUAAUAAUAAUAAUAAUCAUAAAUCGUACGCUCUUCCAUAAAAGCAUAUUGUGUACUUACUGUCUUCCACUUUAUCAUCGCAGAUCAUAAGCAGGAGAUUUUGAGUGACUAGGAAACUAUCAUUAAAUCUGUGUAGAAGAGUACAAGUACAAUACAUAUCACAAAUCAAGAAUAAUGAAGAAAUAUUGAAGUGUCUAAGAACUAUUAAUCAAAACCAAUUAAUCUUUACUAACGAAUUCUAAAUAAUUCGGAAAUGUGUAAAUCUAUUCUCAGAUCUAAACAAAUAUCAUUUAACUGCAUUAAUAUACAGUAAUUCUCCACAAAUUUUCC